UGAACAUAAAUAUUAAUAAAGACAUCAAGUAUAUAGCUAGUAAUAGGUAUUAAUUAGAGUGAGAAUUAAUGGGAAUGAUGAUGAUGAGGAAGGCGUGGGCGGUGGCGAUGGUGGUGAUGUGUGCAGUGAUGGUUUGUGCAUCGGCUCAAAGUGCGAGCAAUGUUAGAGCAACAUACCAUUUGUACAAUCCACAAGAUAAUAACUGGGACUUGCUGAAGGUGAGUGCAUUCUGUGCCACUUGGGACGCCAACAAGCCCUUGGCUUGGCGCCAAAAGUAUGGCUGGACUGCCUUCUGCGGACCCGUCGGCCCUCGUGGCCAGGAGGCUUGCGGCAAAUGCUUGAGAGUGACAAACACAGGGACAGGAGACCAAGUUACAGUAAGAAUUGUGGAUCAGUGCAGCAAUGGUGGACUGGACUUGGAUGUAAAUGUAUUUAACCAGAUUGACACUAAUAAGGAAGGCGUUGCUCGAGGCCACCUUAUGGUCAACUAUGACUUCGUCAACUGUGGUGACUAAAUACUAAUAUGCAUGACACGUGUUCUUUUAUAAUUGACAGUCUUAUAGAAAUGAAAUAAAUUUGGUACUAGUAGAGUAGUACCCAUCUCUACACCUACCUCUUCUUCAGCUAAUUUAAUGAUAUAAGAAUAUUAUAUGUCGUUGCUUACACGACAAUGAAUAAAUAAUAUUUUCUCAUUUUUACUUA